UUUGAGACCUAGGUGCCCAAACUUCUUUGGACGAUUGUUGAAAUGUGAUUUAAGUAAUUGUAGAAACAUGGAUUCAGAUGUAACUGACAGUGAAGAAAACAGCGAUUUGCCUUCCCAAGAGCUGGCAGAUAGAGUGGCGGAAUGCGUUCCAGCGAACACAAGAAAGACGACGGAAUGGGCUGUAACAACGUAUAGACGAUGGGCGCAGCGCAGACCAAAUGUUCGCUACGUCAAAGAAGACCUCCUUGCAUACCGAAACGACCUACAGGCAUUGGACCAGAGCCUGUAUAAAUUUUUCAGUGAGGUCCACACUACCGGCGGCCCUGGCUUUACGCCAAGUUCCCUUCAAGUACUGCGAGCGGGCCUGCAGAGAUACAUGUCAGAGCACGACCCAGACAUGCCACUGAUGUCGGCUGAUUCUACAUUCCGGCGCUCCAACGCAGCAUUCAAGGCUGCUAAGAGACGCUACGCCCUAGAUGGCACGAAUCGUGCUGCAAACCAAAUGAAGCAGCCAUUGGACCCGGCGGAUCAAGAGCUAGUAAGGAGGUACUUCGCCACUCCUGAGACGUACAUCAAUCCCACGAUCCUGCAGCAAUAUGUGUACUACAUGCUCUCCAUGACGUUCGGCUACAGGGGUCGGGAAGUAUGGCGUCAGCUCCGCAAGGACAGCUUUGUGGAGGAGCGCGACCAGCAUGGCAAGCUCCGAUACGUCAUCGACCAAGCUAUCAUGGAAAAGAACUACCAACACACGGGGCCCAAUGCGACCUGUCGCAGAGCUACACAAAUCACAGAUGACGUAGAAGCUGGAGUUUACAUGUUUUCUACUCUCAAACUGUACCUGUCGAAACUCCAUCCAGAGCAGGAUGCUUUCUUGCAGAAGGCAAAGAAUGAUCGCCAGAUGGCUGUUGAGCCAGACGCUGCGUGCUGGUAUGUGAACGCACCACUCGGUAAACAUACCAUUGAUCAGCUGAUGCCAAGAAUCAGCGCCGCAGCGGGGACAUCAAGACGGUACACAAAUCACUGUGUGCGUCACACCCUCGGCACCAACAUGCUACGGCUGGGGUACCCGAUCACAGUCAUACAGGCGCGGCUUCGACUGAGAUCGUCAAUGACACUACAGUGGUACACGGGCCAUCGCACGGAAGAAGAACUGCAGGACGAGACCCGCGCUGUCACCCGGCCACUGCGCGGGGUGGCGCCGCCACAGACCGAGGCUGGAGAUGGUGCAGUGGCAGGACCGUCCUCAGCUCCCCAGUGCUGGCAUUGA